GUAAGCGACAUGGUUUGGGGGUUAAAUCUGUAUACUUAGGCUUAGGGCAGUGCAUGGUCUAGUCAUCGACGUAUUUUGAAUUUUAAAUGAGUUACUGGCUUUAAAACGUGACAAAGCAAUCUCUCAGCAGACAGGUCUCGUGUAGCAGCUACAUUAUUAAAGACACGGAAGAAGAUGCCUAUGGUUCUGCGCUCUCGAAAAUCCACCCGUGCCCCAACGAAGGAGCACUCUGACUCGGAUUUGGAGGAGGACAUUCCCCGAUCUGCUCAGCCGCCCCAGAGGAAGUUUACUCGGUUGCAUGGCAGGCGCGUAAUAUACGAGGACGGACAAGAUUCAGACUCGGAACCUGGCCAAAACUUCGGUUUAGAGAGCCGGGAAGAAGGCAUCCAGAAUGAGGAUUUAACCCAAGAAGGAGCCGCUGCAGAGGAGGGAGAGAUGCACAUCCAGAACUGCAGUGUUGUAUUAAACCGCCUCGAAGAGAGAGACGGAAUGAAUCGGAAAAGUGGCAUCCCCAAACCUGCAUCAAGGAUCCCAACAUUCCACAAGAAAACUACAACUAUGGAAGCUGUCAAGCCCAAAACUCAAGAGGUCAAAGAACGCUUCCUGUCUGCUCCUGCUGUACGCUCGCCUUUCGCCUUUAGCUCCGAUGUUGCUAGCACUGAGGCAACAGCGACAACUUUCAUCACAAACAUCGCGGUGCCAAAAACUUUAUCGGAAUCAUAUUUGACAGCUAGUCCUAGACCAGCGCUAAGACCAGACCAGGCAUUGAACCAGCAACUCCCUGAUGAAAGCAAGACCAGAUUGGGAUCAAGAUCAGAGGAGGAGGAGGAAAGGAAAGAAGAGGUAGCGGGAGAGAGAUAUGCCUACGAAAAUGGGGAGAGGGGAGAGGAGGAGAAGGCAGUCUGGGUAAGGGAUGGGGGACAAAGAGGGGAUGGGGUGAGUGGAGAUGGAGAGAGUGAUGGAGGAGAGGAGGAGAGAGAGUCUGAAGGGGAGGGCAUCACAGAGGAGCAGCCGCCAUGGGAGAACAAGACACUGAAGCUACAGGCCAAAGAGUUCGUAGCCUCUUCGACAGAUGAGGAGGAUGAGGCUCCAGCUGCAGAGUCUGAAGCCCAGAAAAUCGAGUCUCUAACACCAGAUGAGAGAGAGGAAAAAGAUCAAGACUCUCAACUAGCUCCAAUAGAGACUGAACCUGGUGCACCAGAGAGUGAAGAGACACCUGUACUGCCCACCGCUGAGAAAACAAAGAAGACAUGGUCCUAUUACAGCCUGCUCCUCCGCUGCCUCUUCCCCCUCCUUCUGCUCCUCUUAGGAGGGUUUUCUCAGCAUCUGUGGCUCUAUGGUCUCCCACACUCCGUGGCUCAGCUCUCUGCUCAGCUCCACCUGCACUGGCUGGAGGGAAUUGUACCCAAAACCGCUCACUGCUCCAGCGACUGCAGGGCAUCUCUGGUGGAGUCUUUGCCAGUCGGUCUUUAUCCUUCAGCCCCUGCUCCUCAUGAUUCCAUUGCUCAGAGCUGGCUGCGUCUGCUCGACAGGGCUAACCACUCUGUUGACAUUGCUGCGUUCUACCUGACCCUGAGGAGCAAGGACCAAGAGCCCACCGACGCACAGGGGAGGUUGGUGUUUGAGAAGCUGAAGAGUCUUAAAGCUAAAGGUGUGACUCUGCGACUGUCAGUGAAUGCACCACAGAGUCAAACAGGUGACACAGAUGAGCUGGAGGACAAAGGUGCGGAGGUGAGAGAGGUGCACAUGUCCUCCCUGACAGGAGGAAUCAUUCACACUAAACUCUGGGCUGUGGACCAGAGACACCUGUACGUGGGUAGUGCCAACAUGGACUGGCGCUCACUAACACAGGUGAAGGAGGUGGGUCUGACAGUCGAAGAUUGCAGUUGCCUCUCUCAGGACCUGUCUCGUGUAUUUGAGGUUUACUGGACAGUAGGGGGCGCUAACGGCUCCCUGCCUCCCUAUUGGCCAGCGCGUCUCUCCGCCCUCUCCAGCUCCCAGAAUCCUUUGCACCUCAAGUUCAAUGGAGUCCCGGCGCGGGUCUACCUCUCUAGCAGUCCUCCUCAGCUCUCCACCCGCGGACGCACUGAUGACUUGGCGGCCAUUUUGUCCGUGAUUGAAGAUGCCCAAUAUUUCAUCCACGUGUCUGUCAUGGACUUCCUCCCACUGGCACAAUUCUCCCAACCUCCCAGGUUCUGGCCUCCCUUAGACUCUGCUCUCCGUGCUGCUGCCUGCUCCAGAGGGUUAAAGAUUCGACUCCUAGUCAGCUGUUGGCCCUACUCUCAUGCGGCCAUGUUUGUUUACCUCCAGUCUCUACUCACUCUGAACCGCCCCCCCCCUCAACUGGACAUCCAAGUGAAAGUGUUCACAGUGCCCUCGACUAUGGAGCAAAUGAAGAUCCAGUUUGCUCGAGUCAAUCACGCCAAGUUCAUGGUGACGGACCGAGUGCUUUAUAUCGGUACUUCAAACUGGUCUGAGGACUACUUCACGCAGACGGCCGGGGUGGGUCUAGUCGUGAACCAGACUGGAUCUGAACCAGGACUCAAGACUCUCCGGACCCAAGCGGACCAGAUCUUCCUCCGAGACUGGACCUCCCAGUACUCCACAGACCUGACCACAGAUCAGACUGACGCCUGUCCCCAGGCUCAGAGGUAGGCCAGGGACUA